CAGAAUUUACAGCGCCAGACGGGAAACUAAGAGAACAUAAUAAAAGAGCAGCAAGAACAGAAGAGAGGAAGUGUGCAUAUCUAGCGCAUAUGGGAGUUAUUACAACAAGACAACGGCAGAUUUGAGCUGCAGUGACCAACAGCCUACUUCACUGAUGAGGUCAAACCAGCCGUCAGAGAGUGACCUGCCCUCACCAAAGGUGCACACCACGCCUGCAGAAGCAUAGGUCCAGUCUCCCCCAUUCCCUGCCAGGAUCUAGUCCUGUUUUCACAUUUUCUGCUUGAGUUUGUCCCCGGGAUCAUUCAAAACUGUUUCUCCAACGCUUCUACCAAAAACUUAGACUGUUUUCCAAAGCAGAAUCGGCCCAGCCCUCCCAGGCGGCAGCGAUGGGGAGUGUGCGAAGCCACCGCUACAGCAUUGUGUCCUCUGAGGAAGAUGGCAUGAAGCUGGCAACUAUUGCCGUCCCAAAUGGCUAUGGAAAUGGCAAUGUUAACAAGGUGCACACAGAGCACCAACAUCAGAGCCGCUUCGUCAGGAAAGAUGGUCACUGCAAUGUGCAGUUUAUCAAUAUGAGCGAGAAAGGCCAGCGGUACCUGGCAGAUAUCUUCACCACCUGUGUGGACAUUCGCUGGCGCUGGAUGCUGCUCAUAUUCUGCCUUUCUUUCCUGUUGUCGUGGUUAUUUUUUGGCUUUGUCUUCUGGGUAGUGGCCCUCUCUUACGGGGACUUAGAGAAUGAGACUCAGAUCUGUGUUUCCAAUGUGGAUAGCUUCACCGCUGCUUUCUUGUUCUCAGUGGAGACCCAAACCACAAUUGGCUACGGUUAUCGCUAUGUGACAGAGGAGUGCCCCAUUGCUGUUUUCAUGGUCGUCUUUCAAAGCAUUUUGGGCUGCAUCAUAGAUGCUUUCAUCAUUGGUGCUGUCAUGGCCAAGAUGGCCAAGCCCAAAAAGAGGAAUGAGACCCUGGUGUUCAGCCACUAUGCUACAGUGGCCAUGAGGGACGGCAAACUGUGCCUGAUGUGGCGCGUUGGGAACCUGAGAAAGAGUCACCUGGUGGAGGCCCACGUUAGGGCUCAGCUCCUUAAGUCCCGCACCACUGCCGAGGGAGAGUUCAUCCCUCUGGAUCAGGUAGACAUCGACGUAGGCUUCGAUAGUGGCAUUGACAGAAUCUUCCUGGUGUCUCCGAUUACCAUUGUUCAUGAGAUUGAUGAGGACAGCCCAUUCUAUGAGAUGAGCAAACAGGAGUUGGAGACAUCAGAGUUUGAGAUCGUAGUGAUUCUGGAGGGCAUGGUCGAGGCUACAGCCAUGACCACCCAGUGUCGGAGCUCGUAUGUGGCCAGUGAGAUUCUGUGGGGCCACCGCUUUGAGCCGGUGCUUUUUGAAGAAAAGAACUACUACAAAGUGGACUACUCCCGCUUUGACAACACCUAUGAGGUGCCCAGCACUCCCCACUGUAGUGCAAGGGAACUAGCUGAAAAGAAGUCCAACGCCUCCAGCUCAAGGAACUCCUUUUGUUACGAGAACGAGGUGGCUCUCGAAAAAGUCGAAAUGGAGGAGGAGUUUGAAGAGGAUGGCAACAGGCAGAUGAGUGGCAUUGAGGUUGGUGCACUUCAGGACACAAAUACAGAUGUGGUGUCAGACUCUGAAUGCAAUCUGGACUCUUUGCCUUUAGAAUCAAGACCUUUGACGGCUGAAUCAGAAAUAUGACUGCAGGGAUAAAGAAAGGUUAAAUGCUACCACAGGGUAUGUUAAAGUUUGCUUGAGCUUUGUUCCUGAUUGCUGUUGUUGAUGAUGCAUGACAGUUCGUAAAAGACUGUGAUUUGAGUAUGAAAUUCUCUAUGCAGAAGCUCACGCACAUGACACCAAGGAAAUACAAACAUGCUAUACUGUUCAUGAUGAAAGUGGUGGUAAAUUAACUGGUUACAUGAAGCUAAAAUGGGUUAGAUGCAUUCACUUAAAUACUGCCCUUAUUAAGCAAAAUAUUUUAGUAGAACAGCCAAUUGGGCUGGCUACAUUUGCUAAUUUAAUGAAGUGCAUAUUUCCAAUUUGCACAUUUUGCAUUUCAUCCUGCGUGUAAUAGGUCAUUGUUGUGGCCUAAACAUCACAUGAGGUUGGGACGCGCUAAAAUAAUUUAAUGUUUAAUUUUAAUUGAAAAAAAAAUCAAACUGGUUUUGAGAUUUGAUUUCAAAUGCCAACCUAACCAGACACAUUUAGGAUCAUUUUAAGUUCAACGAUCUUGUUUUAGAGGCGACUAACAUCAUUUAAACCACCUGCACAAAAAAGGCUGCUGUUUGUUAAUGAGCUGGUCUCUUAGCAAAGUAUAUGUCUGUUCCUCUUCCGUGUGGUGGUCUUGGUGUGUUCUCAUGGCGCAAGGCAGGAAAGAGAUGUCUUGUACAGAUUACGAAUACAAGUACACUAUGCUCCUCAAACUAUCAUCUUGUCUAAUUAUAGCAUCUUUUGCAACGUGUGCCUUAACAAAACUCUCAGUCCCAGUGGAGGCACUCAGGAGGUUUGGCUUUGACUGAGCACACACUGCAUUAGAUGUCACAGAAAGAAGCAUUCAGAGGUGAUUCACUUUGCAGUAUACUGCCACUUCUUGCAGGUCUUCACGUUCUAAUGUGCAAUACGGUUCAGUGGUAGAAUGCGACAGGAAGCUCAAGCCUGAGCCGAGGUUAUGAAUGUUGAUGAUAAGUGCUGCUAAGUUACAUAUUGUAUGUUUAGAGAGAAAUCUAGGAGCCAAAAUGUAUUAUUUGUCUUUUAAAGUAUCCAUUUUGAAGAUUUUAGAUGUAGACAAGCAUGGUUUCUGUCAGUGUGUUUUCCAAAGCUUUACUGCACUUUCUUCCUCACCAGAGAAUUUCCCCCCAAGUAACAACAGGAACUGUUUUAUUACCCAAAGCCAAAUGUGUACAUAUAUAUAAGAGACAACCGUAACUCAUCUGUUAGUUGAUGUCGAUUUGAAACCUGAACUUUUCCUCAUCUAACAGUGAUUGGCUGAUUUAUUUGAGUUGAUUUUGACAUAGUCUCUUCUUUAUAUUAACAUCAGUGUUCUUGGCUUGGCAGUUGUGCAGAAUUUGGACAGAUCUUAGUUAACCCUCUCACCUCACCACUGCGGGUCUUGUGAAGUUAUUUGUCAUUUCUGAAUGGGCCCUUGCUUUGUCUUACUAAAGGUCAGGUCAGUUGAAUAAUAUUUCAUUUGCAAUCACAAAUCUUGAAUGAAGAUAGCACACUUGACUUCAGUCUUACACAAGAUUGAGCUUUAAUGUUUUUUUUUUUUUGUUUUUUUUUUAACUAUUACUAUGGGUGUUAUUGUGACACAUUCAGAAGCCAGAACACUGUACUGCUUCUCUCGUAAGGAAAUCUGUCGAAACAUUUUAUCUGGUCUCACAUUGACACUUCUCCUGUCUUAGGUCUUUAUUUUUCUACCAGGGUCUUCCCACCUUCCUGCACAAACUAGAGACUGUACAGAUUUUUUAUCUUUUGUAAAUUAUAACGCAA